CUGCCAUUGCCAGCCGGCUCUUCUCGCUUCCCUUCCGACCCCGCAUGGUCCCAGAGGCUCCGAGAGCUUUUGGCGCGCAUGCGCGCCGUCCUCAAGACCUGCUGUGGCUGCUGCUACCCCAAGAGCCCGAAGAGUGCGGAAGAAGAUCCGCUGGACCCAACCGCUGUUGGGCGCUUCGAUGAGGAGAAUCCCAGCGAUGCGACACAGAGACAAACCUACAGGUGCGAGGUGGUUCUGCCAGAGGCGGUGCUAGCAGAAGGCGCCGAAGUGCACGGCUUCCAUUUGCCCGCCUGGACGGAGCUGCUCAAGGCAGAGCCCGCCAAGUGCCCCAGCCUCAGCAAGAUGCAGAAGGUGGCGCUGAGGGAGUGGCUCCCCAUGGCGGAGUGGCUCAGGAGAGAAGGCGUUGACGCAGAGCCCACCAUCUUCGCGGGCAUGCCUGACUCCCGGAAUAUCAAACAAGGCCGCGUCACGGAUUGCUCCCUGAUGUCCGUGCUAUCAGUUCUGGCUGAGUACGAUCAGCGCUGGAAAACGUCCAUAUUGAAGAGCAUUCUUCCUUCCAAAGUCGGAACGACCAGCGAUGCUGCAUAUGGUUGCUGCCUCUUUGUGAACGGCCUGACUCGGCGGGUGGUGGUGGAUGACCUGGUGCCAGUGGCAUCUUCUGGCAAGCUGCUCUGCGCGCACUCGGCGACUCCUCAAGAGCUCUGGGUGCUUCUCAUUGAGAAGGCGGUGGCCAUGAUCAUGGGGGGCUCUUACGCCAUGCGGGGCUCCAACCCGGGCACCGACGCCUUCCACCUCACCGGGUGGAUCCCAGAGACCUUUCCCUUGAAGAACGAGGGCUGUGUGGUCACCUCCGAGGCCGAGUGGAUGUCCAUUUUCGACACAGCACAGCAGGGCUUCGCCAAGGGCCACUGCGUGCUGUGCGUGGGCACCACCGAACUCGCGGAUGCUACUUCCAAUGAGCUGGCGCUGCGUAGCGGCUACGUCGAGGCUGUAAGCCCCAGCUCUGGCCUGGUGGCCGGUCACGCCUACCCGGUACUGCAGUGCUGCCACAUCGACCACCACCGCCUGCUGUUCCUCAAAAACCCCUGGGGUCACACGCGCUGGAAGGGCCGCUUCUCGCCAGAUGACGUCGCGUGGCGCGAGAGCGAGCCACAGCUGGCAGCCAAGUUGGGCUAUGAAGUGGGCGCGGUGGAUGACGGCUCCUUCUGGAUCUCCUGGGAGGACGUGCUGCGGCACUUCAGCCACUUCUACAUCGCCUGGUCCCCGGCGGCUCUUCAACUCCACGAGCUUCAAGCCCACGGCUGCUGGAAUCCCUGGCCCCACUUCGUGCAGAGCAUCCUCGCAGAUGACACGGACUUAUUGGGCUUCAACCCCCAGUUCCACCUGGAACUCUCAGAGCCCUUGCCAGCCGACGAGAACAUUGGGAUCUGGGUGGUGCUGAGCAGACACAUCAAGAGCCGGGAGGACUACAACUCCCACUUCAUCUCCGUCAGUUUACACCAGGGGAGGUCCCGAAUUUGUUGUCCCAACAACGUCCUGGAGCAGGGCGUCUUCUCCAACGGCGAGUGUGCGUUAGUGAAGUUGCCCUCCACACGGUGCCCAAACAGAGACCUGGUGCUGGUGGUGUCCCAGCAUGGCGCCAAGCGGGUCUUCAACUACACGUUGCAGGUCUAUACUCAGGUGCCUGCAAGGCUCCAGGAGCUCCCGGCCUUGGUGCCGGAGACCUACAGCUCCGGCGCGGUGCGCUCGGAGUGGACGCGGCGCAGCGCGGGGGGCUGCAGCAACUCAGUGUGGUCCUUCUUCCAGAACCCCCAGUGGAGCUUCACGGUGCCCAAGGAGGGUCUUGAGGAGCUGAUCCUUUUCCUGGAGUGCCCGGACGUCUCGGUGAACCUGCGGCUCUUCGAGGGCCCCGUGGCGCGCCCCGAGCAUCUCCGCGCCGCCGUGUCCAGCGGCGCCUACCGCCGCGGCUGCUGCCUGCUGCGCCUCCAAGAUCUCCAAGGGUCCUAUGUGCUCAUCGUCUCCACCUUUCGUGCCGGAGUUUGCAGCCCCUACCGGCUCUCCUGGCACUCCUCUAGUCCCGUGAGCCUCGCGCCGCAGCCCCACCCCUUCGUGGAGGGCGCGUUAGCGCAUCCCUUGAAGCUCUCGGUGCAUAGCCUGCAGCUGGGAAGGCGCAUCGAGCUCCAGGUGCGGCUCAUGGAGCCGGGGCGUUUCAGCGUGCGCUUGCAGGCCUCCUAUGGAGGUCAAGCGCCGCACCUGGAGCUGAGCAGCGCCCACCCCUCGCGCCCGGCGCCCUACUGCGUGCGCCUGCGCGCCAGCGACGCGGAUCAGUACUUUCAGCUCUCAGGCGCCGCCGUGAUCCUGCACGCGGAGCUUCAGCCCGGGGAGAGCUAUUUGCUGUGCGCCCAGGUGCCGCAGACGCGGGGGGGGCGGACUGGGAAGCUGUACAUCAUCUCGGACCGCCAGGUGGUGGUGGACAGUCUUAUGAGCCCUCGUGGUCGUCGCAGAUGAGUCUCCAGAACUAUCCUGGGCCAGUGUGAACCGCAUCGAAUCCGACGAUCGAGGAGAAAAACAACCCACCCGAUGAAGUGCAAAGUGGAGCCGGCGUUUCGGAGAAGUGAUGCAGUAUGGCAAGCCUGCAAUCUCUGCGAGAAGAUGCAUGUUUCAGAAGAACCGGAUGCAAGCUGCAUGCCUGAAAUCCACAAAGUGGAAUGGGCGAACCAAUGACAAGCUGAGAGGCAAAACACGGCUGCUGCGUCA